CUCUUAUGUUGGUGUUUAGGACGGAUCAAACCGAUCAGGAAACAUGGCGAGCGAAUUGGGUCUAGACGAAAACGUUCUGAGGAAUUCUAUGCCGGAACAUGAAGAGAAUUCGAACAAUGAGUUCAAUCAAAAAGAAAACACGCCCAGAUGGGGGCCACAGCACGCGGGGGCGAAGGAGUUGGCAAGCCAUACACAGCCGGGGAAACGGCUUCAGGAGACAAUCUGUGUUGUAUCUACAAUAGGCCUGAUGUGUUUCAAUGCCAUCAAUUUGGUCAUUUACUUCAAGGGCGAAAAUUGGGUUGUAAUCUUAGGCGCUGCAGUGCUGGGAAUCUUGAGUGCUGAUUUCCUGAGUGGUCUGGUACACUGGGGUGCUGACUCAUAUGGUUCUGUGGAAGGCCUUAUUGGAAAGUCAUUCAUCAGACCGUUUCGGGAGCACCACAUAGAUCCAACAUCAAUCACUCGCCAUGAUUUCAUCGAAACAAAUGGGGAUAAUUUUGCCGUUGUGCUUAUACCAAUGGCCUCGAUGGCUUACAAGUUCUGCACAUACACCACGGCAGAGAUCCAUGACUCCUAUAAUUGGUCCAUGUAUGUCUUCCUCCUGGCUAUAUUUGUCAGCGUGACCAACCAGUGUCACAAAUGGUCUCACACCUAUUUUGGACUUCCAAAAUGGAUAACUUUGCUUCAAGAUUUCCACAUAAUAUUGCCACGGAAACACCACAGGAUUCACCAUGUUGCCCCUCAUGACACAUACUUCUGCAUAACAACGGGCUGGCUUAACUAUCCAAUGGAAAAGAUCGGCUUCUGGACGCAUCUGGAGGCUUUGAUUGAAUGCGUUUCUGGUCACAAGCCACGUGAGGAUGACUUGAAGUGGGCAAAGAAGCAAUGAUCUUAGUGAUACAUGUCUAGAUACUUAAUAAAAUUUUUAAUGCAUGUAAGUGGGUGUCAUUUCUGUUUUUUAUUAUUUUUCUAUGUUGAUAUUUUAAAAGCUUGGUUUGUAUGUUUUUAUUACUGGUUGAUCUUAGUUGUUACCAAGAAUCCCCAAAUUGGUGUUCAAUAUUGUAAACUUUGCCUUAUGUACUGUUCCCAGUAAGUUUCAAAUCCGUGUACCUAAUUAAUGUACAAACAAGAAAGAGUGUCCAACUGAUUAGAUUGUUAAUAAAAAAAAAAUUGAUACAUUAUUAAUCAGCUUUGUUAUGUUAAGGGCAUCUGCUGUUUAAAGCUAGUAUCUUUAUACAGAACACAUGUUUACAUACCUUUUCAUCAUGCUUCUUUUAAUUGGAAAUAAUAUCAAACAAAAUGUUUGCUGUCUACACUCAGCUCUAAACGGUUGAAACCAUUAAUUCUAAAAAUUACUAGACUAAUGUAUGUUUAGUAGCUUUUGUCUGAAAAUGCUGUUAAUUUGUUGGACAUGAUUUGUCUCAGCAACAACAUAAGAUAUUUGUGUUUGAAUGUAUGUCUUAUCUCUGGAAAUAAUGGAUAUUUCGCAGCAUGUAUUUGCUUCAAAUGACACACUAUCUAUCCAUGUAUUUUGUUUGUUCAUUAUUUUAUGUGAUUUUGAUGUUGUUUCAUACAUUAAUUGUAAAUGCUCUUUUGCAUUUUUUGCUGCAUAUUUUGCAAUGUGUUGAGCUUAUCCAUAGGUAAGAAAGAGGCAAAUGAAGUAAAAAGUGUGGCCAUUUAGGUGUAUUUGAAGAAAUAGUGAUAAAAAACAAAAUGGUAGUAAAUUGGGUGUUUCGAAAAUUAAAAGUUUAGUUCUACAUGUACAUACACACUUGCUAUAUAAAAGGAAAAAGUCUUUGAAAUGUGAAUUUUGUAUUAACAACACAUGCAUUGCAUCAUUUGUCUAAGAUGAUAUUGUCAAAACAGUUUUAUUAAAACUUUGUAUAAUUAUAAUUUAAUUUAGUAAUUGUUCUCAUUUUAGGAUGAAUUAGAGUCGACUUAGACUCCAAUAGAGAUAUUUGUUUUGAACCAGAAUUCUGCGGUGUAUUUUUUUUUAAGGUGUUAUUACCUUUUUCAUGUUAUUGAAAAGAAAAAUUUAAGCCAUGUUUUUGUGAGUUUGUUUCCAUCGUGCUAUCAAAGUGUGAUUUGUUAAAGACUUCUUCACUUGUUAAGAUACAUAAAAUGUCACCAUAGCCUGAUGCUUAUUUACGAAAUGAGCUUAUAAGUUUAUGCAUGCUACAUGUACUUGUUAGUUUUGUAUACAAUGUAAAGUAUUAAUUGAUGUAUUUUUAUAAGAGCCUUAUUUUCUUACAUUUUUUCUGCUUUACAUGAUUUUAAUUAUUAUUUACCCUGCAUGUCUUGCAGUUGGUUGAAUGCCAACAUUCUACGUCCUUGCAAACAUAAAACACACUUAUUUUUAAUAUCUCUUGAAAGGGCAAAGUAUAUGUGAUUCUUCUGUGAUGCCACGCACUUAAGAUUGUAUGGACUGUAACUUUGUAAGUUUUUGACAUCUGGAAAAACAUAUUAGUAAGCAAAAAAUAAGGUUUGAUUCAAUAUCAAGGAUUAAGAUGAAUACAAUCAAACUAAAAAAUGUUGUCCUGUCAGGUAAGACAUUGGAUUGGAAGUGUUCUACUUAGAUUAUGACUAUAGUUGUGUUGUCUUCUUAUUGUCAUGCUUAAGUGGUUGCUUGUUAUCAAGAGCAUGGUGAUCAAAUUGUUAUUCUUAUUAUGAAUUUCAAUAUAUUGGGACUAAUACUGACUUGUAAAUAUUUAUUCCUUAUAGGCAACACUUGCAUAGCUAAACAUCUUUUUCCUACAUUGUUGUAUGCUUAUACAUCUUAGCCAUACCAAAUUGGUACAUGAAAAUAUUAUUCAGUUAAAAAUUUGUUCAGACAAAUAAUGAGUGUGUUUUAGUUUGUACAAGAAAUUGAUAUUGAUACGAGUACAUGAUGAUGGCUUGAAACUGGGUCAUCAUGCAGAGUGACAGAAUAUCUUACUCUAUUUACCUCAUUUGCUAAUAUUUUUAGAAUGGUUGUACCGGUACUUAUGAAUGUUCAUUACCCACAAUAUGUUAAAUUAAUAUUCUGUAUUUGUGUGAUUUUAUAUACACAGUACUAGGGUUUUUGACUUGAUAAAAAAUAUAUUAACAUGUUUAAUUGAAAGCUUUCAUGAAGUGAAUGUUGUUAAUUUGUCUGAUAAUAUAACAGUAUUAUUUUUGUACUUGAAAUUCAGAAAAUAUAAAUAUAACAUUACACCAAUAUUCAAAUGAAUGUAAUCUUUCAUAGGUCACCAACGGGUGCCUACAAAUUAGUACAUGAUUUUGCUACAGUUGACAUGUCACAAAUGAAUGGAAUGCUUUUUUAAAUACCCAUAAUGAUAAAAGAAGGAUUCGUUAUAGAGCAUUUUAACAGGGUAGUAUAUUUUAACCUUCCUCUCUUUAUAAUGAUAACACAUGGUUACAUGAUACAGGUAUGUGAAGUUAUUUUACACUUACCCAACUGAAGAUGAAAAUACUCAUCUUAACAUAGAAACAACUUUUUUCACGUGCUGUUUUCACAACAAUAAAUUGCGUACGUACAGUUUGGUAGCACUGGUUCACAAGUAUGAAAUCACCACACGUGAUUGUUGUUCACGGAAUUGUAGCCUAAAUGCCUUAUAUGCUCUGUGUUAUGUGUUUGUUACUACUUGUAUUGUGCUACCAUCAAUCUCAAAUUUUCUUAUAAGAAUCGAUGUCUAAAAUACUAUUUACAUGGUCAAUAUUCCCGCAAAAUCGCUUUUCACUAUGAUCAAUAUAUUGUAAUUCCUUGUAUGAAAUACAUUGUAGUAAAUUU